AUGAAUCAACCAUACAACUUUGAUCAAGAUGAAUCGCAGCCUUUAAAUGCUAACUCUACAGCAGCAGAAAUUAGAAAGAGAAUUGAAGAAAAAGUUAAGGAAAUUAGAUCUUAUACCCCUAAAGUAGGUGUAUUUGGUGUUACUGGUGUUGGGAAAUCAUCACUUUGUAAUGCUCUUUUUGGUAAAGAUGUUGCUGCUGUUAGUGACGUUGCAGCAUGUACACGUGAACCUAAAGAGAUAUUUAUUGGCUCUGAAGGAGCUGGAAUUAAAUUAGUUGAUGUUCCUGGUGUUGGCGAAACUAUUGAACGAGAUAAAGAAUAUUUUGCUUUAUAUGAAAAAUUAGCACCUGAACUAGAUUUAGUAAUUUGGGUUAUUAAGGCGGAUGAUCGAGCAUAUGCUCAAGCGGAAAAAGCAUAUAAAGAAAUUCUUGAACCAAAUUUAAAAAAAUGCCCUGUAGUUUUUGUUAUUAAUCAAGUUGAUAAAUUAAAUCCUUUACGUGAUUGGGAUGAUGCAAAGAAUCAGCCUGGCAGUGAAAAGCAAAAAAAUAUUGAUGCCAAAAUUUUUGAAGUUAGCAAAGCAUUUGAUGUGUCAACAAAAUAUAUUGAAACUGUAUCAGUAGCAGAGAAAUAUAAUUUAACGAAGCUGAUGGAUACACUAGUUGAGGUACUGCCUAAGGAAAAAAAGUAUUCAGUAGUAAGGGAAGCAGUAGAAGAAGUAAAAAGCGAGGAAGCAGAAGCAAAAGCAGAAAAAGGCAUAUGGGACACAGUAAAAGAGUUCGCAGGUGAAGCUUGGGAUUCUGCAAAAGAAGUAGUAGCUGACACUUGGAAGAGUGAGGGGAAGCCCAAUAUGCCUAAGGUAGGUGUAUUGGGUGUUACUGGUGUUGGGAAAUCAUCACUUUGUAAUGCUCUUUUUGGUAAAGAUAUUGCUGCCGUUAGUGACAUUGCUGCGUGCACUAGUAACCAGCAAGAGAUACUUAUUGAUUGUGAUGGUCUCAAAAUUCAGUUAAUUGAUAUGCCUGGCAUUGGUGAAAAUAUAGAGAGAGAUAAAAAAUAUUUUGCUUUAUAUGAAAAAUUAGCACCUGAAUUGAAUUUAGUAAUUUGGGUUAUUAAGGCGGAUGAUCGAGCAUAUGCUCAAGCUAAGAAAGCAUAUAGGGAAAUUCUUGAACCAAAUUUUAAAAAGUGCCCUGUAGUUUUUGUUAUUAAUCAAGUUGAUAGACUAAAUCCUUUAUGUGAUUGGGAUGAUGAAAAAAAUCAACCAGGAAGUGAAAAGAAAAAGAAUAUUAAUAAGAAAAUCUUUGAA